AUGCCAACAUCUGAUAUCAACUCGGGACAGUGCCCUACUCCGGACGUCUCACUCUGUGUCCAAACCUCUCCGCAUGCUAGGGCGAAGCGAAAGAUCGCCGCUCUGAUGGAUGAAAUUGAAAUCUUGAAGCAGGACAAGGCAAUAAAGCAAAGAAAGACAACCUAUUAUGUUUUACAGGGACGGGCAAUCUGUCGCAUCGUUGCCCUUUACACCCCUAUAGAAGAUUUGAUCACCGAAAACGACAGGCGGUGUGAAGAUUGCGAGCCUAGCAGCAGCCCCACUACAGAGCAAGACCGUCUCCAACGCGGUUACAUCGAGCUCAUCAAGGCACUACCAUGGCUUCACGAUAAGCUAGCAUGUCUUGAUCACGAGGAGUCAGACGACAUGCUCAGAAAGCUCAAGCGAGGUGCAGACUCUGCUCGUGGCGACGACAUGGGAACCCUUAAGGAGCUUGUUGCUUCAUGGGUAAAUAUCGAGUGCCAUCCGACCACACUCAUCAGGACCGACGACAAACACCAUCGAGGUUUCGUCAACGAUGCAUGUGGUCAACUACUCUGCCCGGCGGAAUGGCAUUGGGAGGACUCAGCCGUCAAGGCUGGCAUUCGUGACCGUACAACUUCUUUCAUCGUGUCUGAAAACUUGUGGCCAACAUUCAUGUAUGAGAAUUAUGAAGCUGACGCUAAGAAUUUGGAACGCGGGCUCAUGAAGUCGAAGUUAUUGGUUAUGGGGUUCAAGGCCAUUUUCACAUCCCCUUCCUCGGCCAACAAAGUGGAUGGUGAUGGCGAUGGCGCCAAUAUCAUUAAGAAUUGCAGGCGCGCCCGGAGACGGUCAGAUCAAGCCAAGGUCAAGACGUGCAUUGCCUCUAUUAUAGGCAUGAGGAAGGUGAUGCCUCGCGCGAUUGCGUAUACUGCUUGUCAGAUUCAAUUCGCGCUUUCCAAUAUCACUUCCUGGCAUACUGUAGACGGGGAUUUUGACUACCUGGUUUUCUGGAACAACAUCGUAGACUUUUUUGAAGCCCCCCCGGGUGCAGCUGCGCGAUUGAGGAUGAGUCAACUUCUCGAGUGGUGGACUAGGAAAGUUUUCGGAAGAAACCAUCGAGAGGACUUGACGCCAGACGUCAUUUCCAAAAUGUCUGUCAAUGCUCUCGCUGCUCAGAGACAGCAGAUGGAGGACACCGCAUUCGACUCCGACUAG